AGCAAGCUUUAGACCAAAAAAUGGAGUUCAGAUCAACUUUCUGUUCUGCUCUGCUACUGGUGUUCAUGAUACAACUCCUGCACCAUUCUGCUAAUGCGUCAAAAGAACUUUACAUUGUGUACAUGGGGGAGAAGAAACACGACGACCCAUCGGUGGUCACCGCGUCGCACUAUGACACACUCACUACUGUUCUUGGGAGUAACGACGAAGCUAUGAAGUCAAUAGUGUAUAGUUAUAGGCACGGGUUCUCAGGAUUCGCGGCAAUGCUCACAGAAUCUCAAGCGGAGGAACUUUCAAAAUCCCCUGGUGUUGUCUACGUAAAACCUAAUACUUACCACAAAUUGCACACGACUCGAAGUUGGGAUUUUCUUGGUCUCGACUACUCUGGUCAGUCAAGUAUUCCUAAGAAGGCGAAGUAUGGUGAAGAUGUUAUCAUCAGCGUCAUCGAUUCAGAAUCCUCUGGAGUUGUCUACGUAAAACCUAAUACUCACCGCAAAGUGCACACGACUCGAAGUUGGGAUGAUUUUCUUGCUCUCAACUACUAUGAACAGUCAAGUCUUCCUAAGAAGGCCAAGUAUGGUGAAGAUGUUAUCGUCGGCGUCAUCGAUUCAGGUAUAUGGCCUGAAUCACGAAGCUUCAACGACGAAGGCUACGGCCCUGUACCAGCACGGUGGAAGGGUGUUUGCCAAACCGGCACAGAAUUCAACGCUGCGAGCUGCAACAGAAAGAUAAUCGGUGCACGGUGGUACACGGGUGGUGUUUCCGAAGAAAAACUCGAGAAUGAGUACAUGUCGCCGAGGGACCUCAACGGCCACGGCACGCACACCGCCUCCACGAUUGCCGGUAACCAGGUGAGGAACGUGAGCCACCUGCAAGGCGGCCUCGGCGCCGGCACGGCGCACGGCGGAGCGCCGCGCGCACGGCUGGCAAUCUACAAGGCAUGCUGGGGUAGAUCGAAAGCAGAGUGCGGUGAUGCGGCGCUUCUUGCGGCUAUAGACCAUGCCAUAAAAGAUGGCGUCGACGUGAUUUCACUGUCAGUUGGAGGGCCUCGCGAAAUCCUUGGCACUCUCCACGCUGUGGCGAGGGGGAUCACCGUGGUAUUUGCCGGCGGGAACGAUGGCCCUGUGCCGCAGACGAUUGAAAAUGACGUCCCGUGGGUCAUCACGGUGGCCGCCGCCACCAUUGACCGAGCCUUCCCCACCGUCGUGUCCCUAGGGAACAACGAGACAUUGGUGGGGCAAUCCCUUUACUACAACACUACAAGCAGAAGCAAAAAGUUUCAAACGCUUGUUAAUGGAGAUAGCUGCAACGCAGAGUCACUGGCGUCGAUCAACGUCACCGAGAAGGUCGUGCUGUGCUCGCCGCCGUUGGAUAAGGAGGUUCCUCCGGUGUUGUUCGAGGACAUCUUUGACCGAGUCGCCCGCGCAGGCGCCAAGGGCCUCAUCUUCGCGCAAUAUACCACCAACCUCCUUGAUGUACUGGACAGAUGCCAUGGCGAAAUGCCCUGUGUGUUGGUGGACAACGAGAUCGCACGCAGAAUUGCAACCUUUGCGAGCAGCACAGGGGACCCGGAGGUGAAGGUGUCGAAGACGGUGACCAUGGUGGGAAGCGGGGUGCUUUCGCCGAGGGUCGCUGCGUUCUCAUCGAGAGGACCAAGCACCCAGUUUCCUGCCAUACUUAAGCCUGAUGUGGCUGCCCCGGGAGUCAGCAUCCUGGCAGCAGUGGGUGACUCGUACCAGUUCAUAUCUGGGACAUCCAUGGCAUGCCCUCAUGUCUCGGCAGUGGUGGCACUGUUAAAGUCGGUUCACCCAGACUGGUCGCCGGCCAUGAUUAAGUCCGCCAUUGUCACCACUGCAUCAGUGGUUGACCGAUUUGGCAUGCCAAUCCAAGCUGAGGCGGUGCCAAGGAAACUGGCUGAUCCCUUUGACUUCGGUGGUGGGCACAUUGAACCGGAGAGGGCGGUAGACCCUGGUCUAGUAUAUGACAUAGACCCAAGAGAGUACACAAAGUUCCAAAACUGUACCAUGGCAACAUUAGAUUACUGUAAGUCCUACAUGGGGCAGCUCUACCAGCUCAACCUACCAUCUAUCGUUGUGCCAGAUCUCAAGGACAAUGUUACAGUACAGCGCACUGUCACUAAUGUUGGAGGUUUUGAAGCAACUUACAAGGCAGUGGUUGAUGCACCGGCAGGGGUUAAUAUGAUUGUCGAACCUUUAGUGAUCAAAUUCAUCAAAGGCGGCAAUAGGACUGCAACUUUUAAGGUGACAUUUGUGGCAAGGCAGAAAGUUCAGGGUGGCUACACAUUUGGAAGCUUGACAUGGCUAGACAACAAUACACACUCUGUGAGGAUUCCAAUUGCACUUCGCACUAUAAUUCAAGACUUCGUUGCGGAUACGUCUUAAGUUGUUAAGGAUAAAAUAAAUAAACUCCUACAAUACAAACAUCUGGUGAGACCAAUAUUAAGUAGGUACUUCGUACUAUUUACAAAAGCAUGUUCUACAUGACUCUCGUAAAUAAUAAGGCCAAACCAAUUAUUGAAGCUAUCUUUUUCAUGGCUAUAUAUGCAAGUGUUGCUCGUUCCCUGUUUAAGGGUAGUCCUGAAAAUUAAUGAAUAAUAUUUUCUUAGAGUGGCAGAUAACUUGGUAACUGAAAACGAACUGGCCUGGUUAUCUAUAUUGUUAUUAUUCAUAUGAAAAGGUUGUAAACAAUAAUAGACAUUUAAUCUCUACUCGUCAAGUUAGCAAAAUGUACAAGGGAACGAAACGCAUAAAGAUAACAUACGGUAAA